CAUUGCUGAUCUACCUUCUGAAACUUCCUGAUUUCUUACUGUGCAGUUAGCUUUCUUGUUGAGAUGAAAGUGUUCUCUAGUAUAUGUUUUUAUUAACGCGUGGAUAAAUUAUUAAGCAACACUUUGAAGUGUAUUUUGUAUGCCUUGAGAUGAGCAGGAAAUCAAAAGAAUCAUGCCCUGAAUUGUUGAUAAUAUCAUUCGUGUGAGCUUUUAAUACAACAGACCUUCAAGUUAACGGAUGUGAAUUGUGAUCGAAGAACUACAGACAAUGUAGCUGACUUUGAAUAUUGUGUUUGUAUCAGAGUCUUCAGAUGAAAGAACAUUUUGAAGGCAGGCAUCAUCUGUUUUUUCAAAAUUUAGAGCAGACUUAUUGUUCAUGUUUGAUAUCAUUCAGCUGUAGGAUUGGAAUUUUGGAACAUACGUGUACAGUGUGUGUUUUGUGGAAGAGAAAAUACACGAAUUGAUAAAAAGGAAUAUUGAAACAGUCUAAAGUGAUCCGGUUGUAAAGAUUUGAAAUGGGAAAUGCACAGUAUCUUGACAAGAUGUAUGAUAUGGAGGGUGCUGGUGAUGCUGAUAAGCGAGGCCUGUCGAGACAGGGGAGCAAGAAACAGCUACCCCAGGUUCCCCCUCAGGAUGGAGCAAUGACCCCACCCAGACCAACCUCUGCUCUCCCACCCCAAGGACACAACAGUAACAUGUCUGCAGCGUAUGGACAGUUCUUCUUAGAAUAUGCCUUGUUAGCAGAAUAUAACCAACUUCACAAACAAAAGUUACCGGGCGUAUAUGUCAUACCAUCGGCUAAAUCACCACUCCAUUGGUUUGGUGUGUUAUUCAUCAGACAAGGUCUCUACCAGGAAGGUGUCUUCAAAUUUGAUCUUCUCAUUCCAGAAAACUAUCCAGAUGGUGAUUGCCCUAGAUUAAUAUUCCAUCCAGCAAUAUUCCAUCCCAUAAUAGACCCAAUUAGUGGAGAACUAGAUGUCAAGAGGGCCUUUACCAAGUGGAAACGCAAUGUCAACCAUCUGUGGCAAGUACUGCUGUACGCCAGGCGGGUUUUCUACAAGAUAGACACCAAGUCACCGCUCAACCAGGAAGCCGCAACGUUAUAUGAAGAGGACACAGACAUGUUCAAGUCAAGAGUGUUUGACACGGUGGAGCUGAGCAAGAUGAAACGUUACGACCCUCCAUACUCGGACGACCCACACGCUAUCAAGUUCAGUCGCUGGGACGAGAGCAAACACGGAGAGACGUUACGUACCAUCACAACGCCUAAGAUCCCCCAAGAAGACGGUGUGAAUAAGAAUGCGCAGACCUCGGGUCUAUCGUGGGUUAAACCGGGAAAUAUUCAGAUAUUCAGCAAAGACUGAUUGUACUGUAACCCUCAAACCUUGAUAUGAUGCCAAUUUACAUGUAGUAUGUCAGUGAAAUCUCAAGUUCUUGGAUUUUUAUUGUUGUUGUUUUGGUAAAUUGCCAAAUGGUCUACUUCCGCUAUGUCUACUUCCUGUUUGGUCUAAUCCCACAUGGUCUAAUUGCCAUUUAGCCUAAUGAUAUUUUGUCUCAUUUACAGUUAAGCUUGACAAAUUUUGUCUAACAUCCCUUAUUCCCUUUGGUCUAAUACCACUUAAGUCUAUAUGGUUUGAUGAACUGUUUUCAGAAACCAAAUUUUCAUUUGACAAAGUAAGAAAUAAUUAGUAGAUCAAGUGGAAAUUUGGCCAACAUGGCAUUAUAUUUUGUGAGAAUUAUGCUAAAUGGGUAUUAGACCAAACUUGAUAGGAUUCCCCAUAUAUACAUGUAUAUUAACAUUAAGGGGGAAUACUGCUUCAAGAGGGGCAGAGAUAAAUUAGAGACAUGUUUAUCGGUGAAGGUUUGAAAAUAACAUACCAAUAUUUUAGAAUGUUAAAACAAUUUACCUGUGGUUGGAGACUUUAAAGGUCAAGUCCACCUCAGAAAAUUGUUGAUUUGAAUCAAAAGAGAAAAAUCA